AUGACAGACUCGUUGCACAACGCGCCCAUUGUGCUCGACAAUGGCUCGGGCACCAUCCGCGCCGGCUUCGCUGGAGACGACGUACCAAAAUGCCACUUCCCCUCGUUCGUAGGGAGGCCAAAGCACCUGCGGGUUUUGGCCGGCGCAUUAGAGGGCGAGGUGUUUAUCGGCCAAAAGGCGGCCACGGAGCUGCGCGGCUUGCUCAAGAUCCGGUAUCCGCUGGAGCACGGCAUCGUGACGGACUGGGACGACAUGGAGAAGAUUUGGGCGUAUGUGUAUGAUGAGGGGUUGAAGACGCUUAGUGAAGAGCAUCCAGUCCUCCUAACCGAACCACCCCUCAACCCGCGCGCAAACCGCGACACAGCCGCCCAGAUCCUCUUCGAGACCUUCAACGUGCCCGCGCUCUACACCUCCAUCCAAGCCGUCCUGUCUUUGUACGCCUCCGGGCGAACAACAGGCGUAGUUUUGGAUUCCGGCGACGGCGUAUCGCACGCCGUGCCUGUCUACCAGGGCUUCACCGUGCCCAACAGCAUCCGGCGCAUCGACGUGGCGGGACGAGACGUGACCGAGUAUCUGCAGACGCUGCUGCGCAAGAGCGGAUAUGUCUUCCAUACGAGCGCCGAGAAGGAGGUGGUCAGGCUGAUUAAAGAAAGCGUCACGUACGUGGCGCAUGAUCCGCGCAAGGAGGAGAAGGAGUGGGCGGCGGCGAAGAUGGAUCCGGCCAAGAUUGCCGAGUACGUCUUGCCGGAUGGGAAUAAGUUGAAGAUAGGAGCAGAACGCUUCCGCGCCCCGGAAAUCCUCUUCGACCCGGAGAUCAUCGGCCUCGAGUACCCCGGCGUGCACCAGAUAGUGGUCGACUCGAUCAACCGGACGGACCUGGACCUGCGCAGGGACCUAUACUCCAACAUUGUGCUUUCGGGAGGCAGCACGCUCACAAAGGGCUUCGGCGACCGUCUGCUCACCGAGGUGCAGAAGCUCGCGGUCAAGGACAUGCGGAUAAAGAUCUUUGCGCCGCCGGAGAGGAAGUACUCGACCUGGAUCGGCGGCAGUAUUUUGGCGGGUUUGAGCACGUUUAGAAAGAUGUGGGUUAGCAUUGACGACUGGCAUGAGAAUCCGGAUAUCAUUCAUACGAAGUUUACAUGA